GUAACGUGGCAUGAAAUUGCAAGACCUCAAGUACAUGGCUAUGACAUGCGUUGUCUGGCAUUGAUCGGGCGGUUUCGGUUUGUGUCAGGAGCAGAUGAAAAAGUGCUUCGAGUUUUCCAUGCUCCCAAGAAUUUUAUAGAAAAUUUCAGUAACAUCGCUGGUAUUCCAAUGGAGAAGCUGUGCUCCCAUCAGUCAUCUGAUCUUCCAGAGGGUGCAACUGUGCCAGCUUUGGGAUUAUCCAAUAAAGCUGUUUUUGAAGGAGAUAUGGCUGUUCAGCCAGAUGAAGAUGAAGAAUCAUUUAAUACCAUUUCGAAUCAGUAUCCUGAGAUUUAUUUCCAACCCUUGAUCCUUACAGAACCUCCACCAGAGGAUCACUUGUUGCAGAAUACCUUAUGGCCUGAAAUUCAGAAGUUAUAUGGACACGGAUAUGAAAUUUUUUGUGUUGCUUGCAAUAAUUCAAACACUGUAAUUGCUUCAGCGUGUAAGGCUUCCAAAAAAGAGCAUGCAGCAAUUAUUUUGUGGAGCACUACUUCUUGGAAGAAACUGCAGAGUUUGUCUUUUCACAAUCUGACUGUUACUCAGCUGGCAUUUUCUCCUAAUGACAGAUUUUUACUAGCUGUUUCUAGAGACAGGAAUUGGUCACUGUGGAGGAGAGAAGACUCCUCGGAGUCAGGACCAGUCUUCACUUGCUGUGCAUACACAGACAAAAAUACAGCUGUUCACAGUCGAAUCAUUUGGUCUUGUGAUUGGACGCCAGAUAGCAAGUAUUUUAUUACUGGUAGUCGGGACAAAAAGGUCAUUAUAUGGGGCCAGUGUGAUUUAUCUGUGAGUACUGAGGGGAAUAUGCUGGAUUCUAUCAAGCCUCGUUCAACAGUACUGGAUGCUGGGGAUUCUGUUACUGCUGUCAGUAUCAGCCGUGUGAUUGCUCCUGAUGGAAGAUAUAUUGUUGCAGUAGGCUUAGAGAAUGGGAAGAUCAUCUUGUACACAUGGAAGCAAAGUGGGGAAGAGCCGGUACUAGCUGACUGGACCACAUGUUUUGAGAUGGAUAACAGCCAAAGUCAUGCUCUUGCUGUGAAACGUUUAUGUUGGAGACAUCAUGCAGGCAGAGCUGGACAUAAUGAUCAGAACAGCAGCGAGUGGUUGCAGCUUGCAAGUUGUGGAGCUGAUCACUGUGUUAAGAUAUUCAAUGUCAACAGAUUUGCUCUUUAGCAAGGACAGCAGGCCUGUCUCUGCCCAACAGAUUCACAACACUUUAUUUCAACUUGUAGCCAUUUUGAUUAUUGGAUUUUCUGUUUUCUGCUUGGAAAGUGAAACAUCUGACAUGUAACUUAUUAAAGCAACUUUGGUGGAAGUUUUAAAUGUCAA